GUUUUCGAGUGAAGGAGUUUACUACAAUAUAAAAUGAAAACUCUUGCUGCCGUGUCUUUGACCAUUACGCAAGGAAAGCCUUCAGUACUCCUUUCUACCAGCAACUACUACACUUGGAUGAAUUCUGUCCCUGAUCACUUCAUAUAAAACAUCACAAUGAAUGACCUUCCAGUGGACCACUUUGUGAAAGCCCAGCAAUUUGUGCAAACUACACACCGCGAUGUAUACCCUGCUAUUGAUCCCACGCAGGCUUCCCUCUCGCAGAAGGGCAGAGUCGUGAUCAUCACCGGGGCAAGCCAAGGAAUAGGAGCUCGUGCUUUUGUACCCUCUUUCGCUGCUGCGGGUGCUAAAGCCAUCGUACUUGUUGCGCGGAGUGCCGACAAGCUCAAAGACGUCGCUGAGCUGGUUGCAACGUCUCACCCAAAUGUUGAGACACUCUCCGUGUCCACGGACAUUGCAGAUCCGGCGUCAGUCGCAGCUCUUUUCGAUAAAGUAAAAGAGAAGUACGGUCACGCUGAUGUGCUCGUCAACAACGCUGGGAUCUUCAAAGCCAUUGCGCCGAUCAAGGAUGUCGAUCACGUAGCAUGGUGGGAAGAAAUGACGCUCAAUAUCCGCGGAACCUUCCUGAUGACCCAGUCCUUCCUCAAGCAGCUCCCCUCCCCAGAGACUCCCGCCAGAAUCGUGACUCUUACUACCGGCGCCGCGUACGAAGUCUUCCCGACCUUCAGUGCCUACGGCAUGUCUAAGCUUGCCGUCUUCGAACUCAUGACCUACGUCGCAGUCGAGAACCCCAAUGUAGUCGCUGUGGCUUUGCAUCCUGGCAUGGUUGACACUGAAAUGAUGAAGGAUAUGUUCAAGAAAUUUGCUCUCGAUACACCGGAGCUAGUCGGUGGUGUCGGAGUGUGGCUUGCAGCGUGGGACGGGCUGGACAGGGCGUUCUUGAGUGGCAGGUUUGUAACGUCGAAUUGGGAUGUAGAGGAUCUGGUCAAGAGGAAAGAGGAGAUUCUAGCGGGUAAUCUGUUGAAGAUGGACCUUAAUGCUACGUUGGGGGCAGCGCAGUUCGGGCUGUAAGGGAUGGAGAUCUAGAUCGUAAAACGGCGAUAUUGAAUUAGAAGCAAAUAUCAAAUCCAACAAAUCAUACCGUUGUAAUAUUCGUUAUCGUACAGCGUCUAAUUAGAAGC